AUGCCUGAACCAGUUGGUGUAUCAAGUUUACCAGAUCAAAGAUAUAAGAUUGUUUCCAAUGAAGGUUCAACUUUCACAAUUAUGGUAGCUGGUGAAAGUGGAUUGGGGAAAACCACAUUUAUCAAUACUCUUUUCCAUUCUUCAUUAAAACCAUACCAAGAUCCAAAUGAAAGACAUAACAAAUUUACAUCAGCUCAUCAAACAGUUGAAAUUGGAAUUGUAAGAGCUUUAUUAGAAGAGAAAAACUUCAAGAUCAGAUUAAAUAUAAUUGAUACUCCAGGCUUUGGUAAUAAUGUAAAUAAUGUUGAUUCAUGGACUCCAAUUAUUGAUUUUAUUGAUGAUCAACAUGAAUCUUAUAUGAAACAAGAACGACAACCAAUAAGAGAAAACAAAAAGGAUUUAAGAGUUCACGCUUGUCUUUAUUUCAUUAGACCAACUGGUCAUUCUUUAAAACCUUUAGAUAUUGAAAUCAUGAAAAAACUUUCAACAAGAGUUAAUCUUAUUCCAGUUAUUGCAAAAUCAGAUACUUUAUCUCCAAAAGAAUUAGAUACUUUUAAAUCUAGAAUUAGAGAAAUCAUUGAAGCUCAAGAUAUUGAUAUUUAUACUCCACCUUUAGAAUUAGAUGACGCUGCUAGUGCUGAUCACGCUAAACAAUUGAUUGAAUCUAUGCCAUUUGCAAUCAUUGGUUCAGAGGAAGAAGUUGAAGUUGCUCCUGGUAAGUUAACAAGAGGAAGAAAAUAUCCUUGGGGUAUAGUUGAAGUUGAAAAUGAACAACACUGUGAUUUUAAAAAAUUAAGAAGCUUAUUAUUAAGAACAAAUAUGUUGGAUUUAAUUUUAUCAACUAAUGAAAUUCAUUAUGAAACUUUUAGAGCUCUUAAAUUAGGUUCUAAUGAAGAUGAAGAUACAACUACAGAAAAUAAAGAAGAAUUAACUAAUGAAAAGGGAGAAAUUAUAAAAAGACCUUCUCUUUCCAAAAAACCUAGAAGAUUACAUAAUCCUAAAUUUAAAGAAGAAGAAGAUGCUCUUAAGAAAUUCUUUACUGAACAAGUUAAAUCAGAAGAUCAAAGAUUUAAACAAUGGGAAACUAAUAUUAUUAAUGAAAGAAAUAGAUUGAAUCAAGAUUUAGAAGAAAUGCAAGCAAAAUUAAAGGCAUUAGAAGAACAAGUUAAGAAAUUACAAUUAAGUAAGCGUUAA